CAGCAUGUGGAAAGAGUGCUCUCAUGGCUGCAAUAACUUAGGGAGCUCCUACCUGGGUGACACUUGGGGUAGGAAGUUUUCCGGGUGUUUGGUUCUGUCUCCGAGGGUCCUGUGCACUCUGCUGGACCAAUGUGACUUCUGGUGGUUUUGCACACCCGGCUCUGUGGGGGAGUGCCCCGGCGUGCCUAUCUCAUGUGGCCUCUAUGGACACACUGCUCAGCUGGCAGAGAGCAGGAAAGUGUUCUCCCAGCACCCAAAAAGAGAAAGGAAACUCCUUUUUCCUUCUGGGCUCCUAGCAGCACAAUAGACCAGGAUAAACUCCCACUUUUCCUCCCUGGAUUUUCUGGAGUGGUUUCCAGGAAGAAUUUAAACCUUCACCUUUAAAUGGAUGACUAUGUCACUAUCAGGAAGAAACAUCUCCAAAGACCCAUCUUUAGACUGAGAUGCCUAGUGAAGCAGCUGGAAAAAGGUGACGUUAACAUAGUAGACUUAAAGAAGAAUAUUGAAUAUGCAGCAUCUGUGUUGGAAGCAGUUUAUAUUGAUGAAACAAGAAGAUUGCUGGAUACUGAAGAUGAGCUCUGUGACAUUCAGACGGAUUCAGUCCCAUCAGAAGUCCGGGACUGGCUGGCUUCUACCUUUACCCGGAAAAUGGGGAUGAUGAAAAGGAAACCUGAGGAAAAACCGAGAUUUCGGAGCAUUGUGCAUGCUGUUCAAGCUGGAAUUUUUGUGGAAAGGAUGUACAGAAGGACCUCUAACAUGGUUGGUUUGUCGUAUCCAGCAGCUGUUAUAGUAACAUUAAAGGAUGUUGAUAAAUGGUCUUUUGAUGUAUUUGCCCUAAAUGACGCAAGUGGAGAGCAUAGUCUGAAGUUUAUGAUGUAUGAACUGUUUACCAGAUAUGAUCUUGUCAACCGUUUCAAGAUUUCUAUUCCUUGCCUAAUUGCCUUUGCAGAAGCUUUAGAAGUUGGUUACAGCAAGUUCAAAAAUCCAUAUCACAAUUUGAUUCAUGCAGCUGAUGUCACUCAAACUGUACAUUGCAUAAUGCUUCAUACAGGUAUCAUGCACUGGCUCACCGAACUGGAAAUUUUAGCAAUGGUCUUUGCCGCUGCCAUUCAUGAUUACGAGCAUACAGGGACCACAAACAACUUCCAUAUUCAGACGAGGUCAGAUGCUGCCAUUUUGUAUAAUGAUCGCUCUGUUCUUGAGAAUCACCAUGUAAGUGCAGCCUAUCGACUUAUGCAAGAAGAAGAAAUGAAUAUUAUGGCAAAUUUAUCCAAAGAUGACUGGAGGGAUCUUCGGAACCUAGUGAUCGAAAUGGUUUUAUCCACAGACAUGUCAGGUCACUUCCAGCAAAUUAAAACUAUAAGAAGCAGUUUGCAGCAGCCUGAAGGGAUUGACAGAGCCAAAGCCAUGUCCCUGAUUCUCCAUGCGGCAGAUAUCAGCCACCCAGCCAAGUACUGGAAACUGCACCACCGGUGGACCAUGGCCCUGAUGGAGGAGUUUUUCCGACAGGGAGAUAAAGAAGCUGAAUUAGGGCUUCCAUUUUCCCCACUUUGUGAUCGGAAGUCAACGAUGGUGGCCCAGUCACAAAUAGGUUUCAUUGAUUUCAUAGUAGAGCCAACAUUUUCUCUUCUGACCGACUCAACAGAGAAAAUUGUUAUUCCUCUUAUAGAGGAAGCCUCAAAAUCUGAAGCUGCUUCCUUUGGGACAAACAGUUCAAGCUCUUUGGGCGGGGUCCAUGUUGCUGACGCUCUCAGACGAUUGAAUGUGAAAACCACCGUAAGCGAUGGGCUGUUUUCUACAGACUAUUCCCUGGCGACAGUGGACCUGAAGAGCUUCAAAAACAACCUGGUGGACAUCAUUCAACAGAACAAAGGGCGGUGGAAAGAGUUAGCUGCACAAGGUGAGCCUGAUCGUCACAAGAACUCAGAAGACUUAGUAAAUGCUGAAGAAAAACAUACUGAUAUACAUCUGUAGGUUUGAAACACCUUAAAGGCUUCUGUCAUUUUAAAUAUGAGAGAAUAAUAAGAGUUAAAAAAUCCUAAAUCUUCAACUUUCCACAAAGCUGUGUUCUCCUCUUUCAACAUACACUUGGAUCAGGCCAUUUUCCUGGAAGCCUAUAGAAGGAUUUAAUAAAAUGAACAUACAUCCUGAGCUGGUAACAUAGGUCAAGAAGUAAAUAUGCUCAAAGUUGCUGUUAGCAUUUUUGGUGAGUGCUUCUGCCAUUUUCUUUCACAAUUUGGCCUUCUUCAAUUAAGUCAGAGAAAUUUUUGGCACAAAAGUUGGACAGUUAAAAAAUUUUUAUUGGUUACACGUGCAGAAUACGAGACAUUUUCGAAUUUACAACAAAUUUUUCAAGGUCUGAAGUAAGAGGAAAGCAAAACAAAAUUAUGGAAAAUAUUUUUUGCAUUUUGAAGGAAAGUCUGUUUAAAUUGUUCUUGUCAUUUUAAAUACAUGAGAACAAAAUAAGAGGUGGAACUCUUCAGAAACUUUAGUUGAAGUUCUAUGGCAACAAUGGAGUAUCAUCGCACUGGCUUUGUGAGCUAAGGGAAACCUCACUGAAACUCUAGAGCUGGGAAACAGCAGUGAAACCUUUCCCUAAAACCAGUGGAUCAACCUGCAUUCAUCACCAUGGUUUCAAGGCCCUAAUGCAUCACCUGCAAUGCAAGUCACACAUUACCUAAAGUCCACGUUAACAAGAGCCUUCAGCUGCUGCUGGAGAUGGACACUAGAACUGAGAUUGGAAUUUGCCUGCUAACAGAAUUUAGUAAAACAUAUUAAAGGCCAAGGGAUAAGAGACAAGAAGUAUGUGGUGUGUGUGUGUGUGUGUGUGUGUCUCUGUCUGUAUUUGAAAAUGUCUAUGAAAAUGGAAGCCCACACUUUUCUGUACAGAUAACGUUAUAUGACAUGGCAUUUUAAUUUUACUACACAGGAACAAACUGCAACUCCUUGGAGUCCCUGCUUUCUUGUCAUGUUUUGCCUGAGCAUGUGCAAGGCCUUUCCUUUACUCCAAGCUAAAGAAUUUUUGUUUUUGUUAUUAGCUGAUAAGAAAGGUCAAGCACAAUUGGAUGUUGUAACUUUUCACUGUACAAGCACUUCAAAGAUUGUGAGAUUAAGUGACUUUGUCUUUGUGAAAGGUAGAAAUUGGAUGGGAAAAAAACACAAGAAUAGCCUUCAAUUAAAGAAUGAACUGAAGGAGUACUCAUCCAUCCUAAUGACUUAUCUGUUGCACCUGCUUCUUUCCUGGAUUCCACAAUGCUAAGCAAUAUUUUAGAAAUGGAUACAAUCAGAAACUUUUAAGCCUAAGUAGUGGGAUUAUAUCACUCACAACUUCUAUCACUUUAAAUGUGUAAGCCAUAUUCUAUAUGCAUAUUUUGUAUUCAAUUAUUCUAAUUUAAAAUAUAUUUGUGCAUAGAUGGUGUAUAAAGUGCUUUAAAAUGUUCUGUUAAUAAAAUCCUUAGCAUGUGUUUCACCUGAACCUUGGGAAGAACACAGCUAAAUAACUGAUUGUAAGAUAGACAUUACAAUGCAACUGAUAUUUUAAAUGUAAGCAGUAAAGAUUGAUCUAUAUGAUAUGUUGGGGGAAAAUGUAUAGAUGUGAACAUCAUGGUGACUUUUUGUCCUUUAAAGUGGACUUUUUAUUUCUAUUUAUGGAGAAAUUAUAAUUCCUGCUUUUAAUGUCUUUUUAAAUUAGCUAUUUACUAGCAAGAAAAAUAUUUUGCAUUUAAAAUAGAAUCAGACUAUCUGGGAAGUCUAAUUACUAUUGUUCCUAUUUGAACCGUUGUCUUUCAAUAAAGCUAUAGAAUCUUUUGAGGGAGAAGUAAAUCGAAACACUGUUUCUCAAAUGCCAUAGGCAUUUCCUACUUUGUUCCUACUAAUUCCUUAAGAUCUGUCGACUUUGUUACUGAAAAUAGAGGAAUAUAAAGAAUUCAUCAAUUUCUGUACUUGGGCUUUAGCCUAAUUUUCCACAUUAUGUGAUUUAUAAAGCACUGUGACUGAACUUCCAGAGGGAGUGGAGAAAAGAUGCUGCAUUUCCUCAGGAGAGCUGUCAUGCUGCUUGAUGCCCUUUUUCCUUUCUUGUUCUCUUUCUCUCCCUCCCUCUUUCUCUAACAUUUCCCCUCUGUUGCUUCUUUAUUCAUUCCCUACCUCUUUCUUCACCCUGCUUCCUUUUCUCUCCCCCUUUGUCCCUCUCCCCUUUCUGUCUCUCAUUCCAACAGGUGAUGUUUUUCAGCACCAUCCCAUCCAUCCAGCACCUCCUACAUCAGUGGAGAAGUAAAGAAAGACAGGUACCAAUCAGCAGUAAGUCAGACUUGAGGUUACUUGUACUUACUCCUGCAAACAGCAAUGUUGAGGCAUUCUGAAGAAAGGGACUGCUGAGUUAGGCUGCUGCACUUUGAAAAUCUUGCUUUGUUUUGCAUUUUUGUCCUCAGCUACCCAACAUAUAUAUCUUGCAAUUUCAUAUGCCUUUUCAUUAAACUAGGACCUCUUUUAUUUAAUUUUUAAUAUGACAGUCUACAAAUCUUGUGUUUUUAUUCUGCUGUAAUUCUCUGUAUUUCCUAUUAUAUAUGAUUGCUAAAUAAAUCAUAUUUGAGGGAAAAUAUUGUGAAAUAUUUGGUGAUUGAUGUCAUUCAAGUUGGUGGGACAUUGAACAGUUGGAGAAAUCAGGGAAAACCAGAAGUAACUAAUUUAAAAAAUUGACAUGAGUUUUGUCAGAGAAUGAUUUGUGUUCUAUUGAAAAAUACUAAUUGAACACUUAUCAUUACACCUAUUAUUUGCAAGCUCCUGGUGUAUAAGGAAUAUAGAUACAUGAAUUCUUUAAAAAGUUCAAAUCUUGUAUAGGAAAUAAUACAUACACAUAAAUAACUAAAAUGCCACAUAUAAAAUUAAUCAGGUCCAUAAAAAAGAGGAGCAAAUAAAAAGCACCUCUGGAUAUUAGAGGAGGUAAAAAUUGCUUCCAUCUCUAGUGCUUCCAAGAAGACCUCUUGGAAUAGAUGGUACAUGAGUUAAACUUUAAAUAAUAGUAGAAACUUGUAUUUAUUGACUAUUUUCUACAUAUAGCCUGUUUUGAAUGCUUAACAAAUAUUAUCUCAAAUUCUCACAAUAAUCCAGCAAAGUGUGUAUUGAUAGGAGUAAAAAUCACCGAGUCUCAAAGAAAGAGGCUUCUUCAAGGCCAUACAGCUUUCAAAUAGCAGACUCCAGAUUUUAUUUAGUUCUAGAUCUUUCUGGUACCAAAGGCCUUUUUUUUUCUUUCUUCUACAUCUGUGUGGGGCAGGGCAGAAGCACAGUGGAAGGGGAAGCUGUGUGAAGAAAGGACAGUAUGAAUAAGGCAACACCAGAAAAUAAGCAGAGCCUCAAAUCAAUGUAAAGACUUAGUGAGUUUCAAUUAAUUGAAUUGAGUAAUAGUCACAACAUGUGUCACCUUUUAUGCUGUAUCUCCUUGAUGCCAAACCAUUCCAAUUGAAAAUGGAGAAAGUUUUCUAGUCAUCAGAUAUAUGGCAUAACCACAUCUUCUACUUUAAAUGUGAUUAUAUAAUAAAUUUCCACCUAAUAUCAAAAACCUUUUAAAGGCUAUAUUUUAACUUGGAAAAUACGUUAGGUAUAAAUCACAUUUUUCCUUUGGAAAUAACAGUAAGCCUCUGUUCUCUGUUUAAUUCCUUUUCUAAAUAUUGCAAAACAUAUCCACCAUUUGGUACAAGCCUUAGAUAAUAAAGACAAUAUAUAUAUUUUAAAGUAAAAAAUGAACACCUGCGUUACAUAUCUGUUAUUUCUUUUGAAGGAAUCCUAAAUAUUCAAGUACAAGUCCUGUGCUUGGUCCAAUAUGUUUAUUUGAAACUGUAUUUGAAGCUUUUUAUCUCUUAGCAACAUGAAUUCAUUUCUGAGCCAUUUGCUUAACAUUUGUGAUGGUUAGAGAUUUUC